AUGCACAAGCCUGGUGAUGUGGUACUGGGUGGAUUGUUUGAGGUCCACUACACUUCUGCCUACCCAGAAACGACAUUUACCUCAGAGCCCCAGCACCCCCACUGCACUGGCUUUGAUAUUGUAGGGUUCAGGAAUGCCAUGACUAUGGCAUUUGCUAUUCAAGAGAUCAACAAGAACUCCAAUCUGCUACCUAAUGUGACUCUUGGAUACAGUCUUUAUGACAACUGCGGUGCCCUUGUUGUUGGACUCAGCGGUGCCUUAUCACUAGCCAGUGGUCAGGAGGAGCAGUUUCUGGUUCAGAAGAACUGUUCAGGGAUCCCUCCAGUCCUUGGGAUUGUUGGUGAUCACUACUCAACAUUUUCUAUUGCUAUUUCCAGUGUGCUCAGUUUAUACUAUAUGCCCAUUGUGAGUUAUUAUGCCACAUGCUCCUGUUUGAGUGAUCGACAGCGUUUUCCAACUUUUUUCAGAACCAUUCCAAGUGAUGCUUUCCAGGUGCGUGCUAUGAUUCAGAUCCUAAACCACUUUGGCUGGACUUGGGUAGGUCUGCUGGGCAGUGAUGAUGAUUAUGGACACUAUGUUGCCCAGUCCUUCCAAUCUGACCUGGCUAAGUCUCGUGACAGUUGUCUGGCCUACCUAGAGAUUUUGCCCUGGGACAGUGACACAAAUGAACUGAAGAGGAUCGUACAUUUGAUAAAAACAUCAACAGCUCGUGUGGUCAUAGUGUUUGCACAUAAGAUCCACAUGAUUCAACUAAUGGAAGAGGUGGUGAGGCAGAAUGUGACAGGUCGGCAAUGGAUUGCAAGUGAAACAUGGACAACAGCAUCUGUCCUCCAAACAGCCCACCUCACACCAUACUUGAGUGGCACACUGGGCAUUGCCAUCCGUAGAGGUGAAAUACCAGGGCUGAGGGAAUUUCUAUUAAAAAUACACCCAGAAAAAAGUGACAAUGGCAACUACAAUAACAAUUUGGUUAAUCAGUUUUGGGAAUUCACAUUCCAGUGUAGAUUUGCACCGGCUCCAAAAGACUGGGUUGAAGGUGGAGGAGCACUAUGCACUGGGGAGGAACAUAUUGAAAAUGUGGACACUGAGUUUCUGGAUAUUUCUAAUCUCCGGCCUGAGUACAAUGUCUACAAGGCUGUGUAUUCUCUUGCAUAUGCUCUUAAUGACAUGCUGCAGUGCAAGCCAGAGAGAGGACCCUUCAGGGAGCACAGCUGUGCUACUUUGCAAACAAUGGAGCCAUGGCAGCUCAUACAUUAUGUACAAAAUGUCAACUUCACCACUCCAUUUGGUGACCAAGUGUUCUUUGAUGAGAAUGGUGAUGCAUCACCGAUAUAUGAUAUCAUGAACUGGUUACAACUCCCCAAUGGACAAAUUAAAGUUCAGACUGUGGGUGAGGUUAAGAGGUCAGGCUUUAAACGUGAAGAACUCACCAUUGAUGAAGACAAAAUCUUCUGGAACUCUGAAUCAAGAGAGCCACCCCAGUCAGUGUGUAGUGAGAGCUGUCCUCCAGGUACCCGGAUGGCCAGAAACAAAGGUCAACCAGAGUGCUGUUUUAGCUGCAUCCCUUGUUCUACGGGAAAAAUCAGCAAAAACAACAACUCCUUGGAGUGCACCAGUUGUCCAGAGGAUUUUUGGUCAAACCCCCAGCGUGACCACUGUGUUCCUAAGAAGACAGAGUUCCUCUCCUACCAUGAGCCUCUGGGGAUUUGUUUGACAACCGCCUCUUUGUUGGGCACAUUUAUAUGUGCUAUUGUUUUAGGGAUCUUUAUCUAUCAUCGCAGAACACCUAUAAUACGUGCCAACAAUUCAGAACUUAGUUUCUUGCUCUUGGUAUCACUGAAACUAUGCUUCCUGUGUUCACUGUUAUUCAUCGGAAGACCGAAGCUAUGGACUUGUCAACUGAGGCAUGCAGCAUUUGGGAUCAGCUUUGUACUCUGUGUCUCAUGCAUCCUGGUGAAAACCAUGGUUGUUCUGGCUGUGUUCAAAGCCUCCAAGCCAGGAGGGGGAGCCAAUCUGAAGUGGUUCGGAUUGAUGCAGCAGAGAGGAACAGUUCUAAUUCUUACAUCUAUUCAGGCAGCCAUCUGCACUGCUUGGCUUGUCUCUUCCUCUCCAGCUCCACAUAAAAACACCCAAUAUCACAAUGAUAAGAUAGUUUAUGAGUGUGCAGUUGGGUCUACAGUUGGCUUUGCAGUGUUACUGGGUUAUAUUGGUGUGCUGGCUAUCCUUAGCUUUCUGCUAGCAUUUCUAGCCAGGAACCUUCCGGACAACUUCAAUGAGGCCAGACUCAUCACUUUCAGCAUGCUAAGCUUCUGUGCUGUGUGGGUGGCCUUUGUUCCUGCAUAUGUCAACUCUCCAGGCAAAUAUGCUGAUGCAGUGGAGGUAUUUGCCAUUUUGGCCUCAAGUUUUGGCCUGUUGGUGGCACUGUUUGGACCCAAAUGUUACAUUAUUCUGUUGAAACCAGAGAGAAACACAAAGAAGGCAGUUAUGGGUCGGCUCACCACAACCAGUUCUCUCUGGCUCAUUUUGCUCUAUUUCUACUUUUCUUUUGCUGCAACUGCUUCUCUGUUUUCCAUAUCCUGUCAGUUGCAGAGACAGUUUCAUCUAAAUAGCAUUCAAAAGAGUGGGGAUGUGAUUCUUGGUGGACUGUUUGAAAUUCACUUCUUUUCAGUCUUUCCUGAUCUGUCUUUUAGCUCAGAACCACAGCAGCCUAUUUGCCAUGGUUUUGAUGUUCUAGGAUUUAGGCAGGCACAAACCAUGGCAUUUGCUAUUGAUGAGAUCAAUAGAAACUCCAACCUGCUACUGAAUGUGACUCUGGGAUACACUCUUUAUGAUAACUGUGCCAAGCUUGGAAUUGGAUUCCGUGCAGCAUUAUCAUUGGCCAGUAGUCAAGAGGAGCAAAUUAUAUUAGAUGAUAAAUGUGUUGGAAAUCCACCAGUCCUAGGGAUUGUAGGUGAUUCUUCCUCUACACGUUCUAUUGCAAUCUCCAGCGUUUUAGGUUUGUACAGAGUACCUAUGGUCAGUUAUUUUGCCACAUGUUCCUGCCUGAGUGAUCGUCAAAAGUAUCCAUCAUUCUUUAGGACAAUUCCAAGCGAUGCUUUCCAGGUACAUGCAAUGAUUCACAUCCUAAAACAUUUUGGCUGGACUUGGGUAGGUCUGCUUGUCAGUGAUGAUGAUUAUGGACUCAAUGCAGCCAGAUCAUUACAAUCUGAACUGAGACUGUCAGGUGAAGGUUGCCUGGCUUACUUUGAGAUUUUGCCCUGGGACAAAGACACAGAUGAAAUCAGCAGGAUUGUGGAUGUGAUGAAAAAAUCCACAGCUCGUGUGGUCCUUGUCUUUGCACAUGAGAGUCACAUGAUAGACCUUGUGGAAGAGGUAGUGAGGCAGAAUGUAACAGGUCUGCAGUGGAUGGCCAGUGAAGCCUGGACAGCAGCUGCUGUGCUCCAAACACCUCAGCUCAUGCCAUACCUGGGUGGUACACUAGGCAUCGCCAUUCGUCGAGGUGAAAUACCAGGGCUCAGGGAAUUCCUGUUACAAAUACAUCCUGACCUACAUCACAACAAUAGCCAUGGAAAUAGCAUGGUAAAUCAGUUUUGGGAAUUCACAUUUCAGUGCAGAUUUGCACCCGCUCCAGCAGGCUGGGUGGAAGGUGGAGGUGCACUAUGCACUGGACAGGAAGAUCUAGAAAAUGUGAACAGUGAGUUCUUGGACACUUCCAACCUCCGGCCUGAGUACAAUGUGUACAAAGCUGUGUAUGCUCUGGCAUAUUCCCUUGAUGACAUGCUGCAGUGUAAGCCAGGAAGAGGGCCUUUCAGUGGGGACAGCUGUGCCACUUUGCAAACACUGCAUCCAUGGCAGCUUGUUUAUUACUUGGAAAGGGUGAACUUCACCACUCCGUUUGGUGAUCAAGUGUCAUUUGAUGAGAAUGGUGAUGCAGUUCCAAUUUACGAUGUAAUGAACUGGUUGUGGCUCCCUGAUGGAAGCACUAAAGUUCAGCAUGUGGGUGAGGUUAAGAGGUCAGCUUUCAAAGGUGAAGAACUCAUACUUGAUGAAGAAAAAAUCUUCUGGAACUUUGAAUCCAAAAAGCCACCUCAAUCAGUAUGCAGUGAGAGCUGUACUCCUGGUACCCACAUGGUGAGAAAGAAGGGAUUGCCCUUCUGCUGUUUUGACUGCAUCCCUUGUUCUGAAGGAAAAAUCACUAAUAAGAGCAACUCCUUGGAGUGCACCAGUUGUCCCGAGGAUUUUUGGUCAAACCCCCAGCGUGACCACUGUGUUCCUAAGAAGACAGAGUUCCUCUCCUACCAUGAUCCUCUGGGUAUUUGUUUGACAGCAACCUCAUUGCUGGGCACAUUUAUAUGUACUGUUGUUCUUGGGAUCUUUAUCUACCACCGCAGAACACCUAUAAUACGCGCCAACAAUUCAGAACUUAGUUUCCAGCUAUUGCUCUCACUUAAGUUGUGUUUCCUGUGUUCACUGUUAUUCAUCGGAAGACCGAAGCUAUGGACUUGUCAACUGAGGCAUGCAGCAUUUGGGAUCAGCUUUGUGCUUUGUGUCUCAUGCAUCCUGGUAAAAACCAUGGUUGUUCUGGCUGUGUUCAAAGCCUCCAAGCCAGGAGGGGGAGCCAUUCUGAAGUGGUUUGGUGCUAUGCAGCAGAGAGGAACAGUUCUGGUUCUUACAUCUAUUCAGGCAGUCAUCUGCACUGCUUGGCUUGUCUCUUCCUCUCCAGCUCCACAUAAAAACACCCAAUAUCACAAUGAUAAGAUAGUUUAUGAGUGUGCAGUUGGGGCCACUGUUGGUUUUGCAGUGUUACUGGGCUAUAUUACUAUCCUGGCUUUCCUCAGUUUUCUAAUUGCAUUCCUGGCAAGGAAUCUUCCUGAUAGUUUUAAUGAGGCCAAGCUCAUCACAUUCAGCAUGCUGAUCUUCUGUGCUGUGUGGGUGGCCUUUGUUCCUGCUUAUAUCAGCUCACCUGGAAAUUAUGCAGAUGCAGUGGAGGUAUUUGCUAUCCUGGCCUCAAGUUUUGGCCUUUUGGUCGCACUAUUUGGACCCAAAUGUUACAUAAUUUUGUUGAAACCAGAACUGAACACGAAAAAAGCAAUAAUAGGUCACGGCAUUGAAUCAUAA